AUGGCUACUGGAGGAGGAAGAGAAAGAGACGUCGAGAAGAAGACAAAGAAGAAGAAGACAAAGAAGACAAAGAAGCACAAAGAAGAAGACGAAGAAGAAACGAUGCUUUCGGAGGAACUUUCCGGAACUGUCGUGUUACUCCACGCGAAGAAGAAGAAGUCGACGACAUCCAAAGAACCUCCACCUCUUCCGGAAAAGAAACUCUCGAAAUCGCAAAAGCGGAAACUUUUGAAGGUGGAAGAGGACAAGAGGAAACGCGCGGGAAGGGAAGCCGUGCUCGAGUCGUUGAAGAAAAACACUCUCAAAGAGGAGGAGAUGUAUUACUUUGAGAAGUCCUCGACGCUUGGAAACAAAGAGACGAGGAAAGAGAAACUGACGAAACAAAUGAAAGCAGAGCGAAUGGGGAUAUCGAGUUAUUUACCCGGGCAGAGAGAAGAGCAGGAGAGAUUGGCGAAACGGGCGAAAACUGCCAACGAGAAAGACGCGGCGGAGUCUUCCGAGGAAGAGGAGGACGAGGCGCGAGAGGAAGACCGCGCAAAAGCGAAGGAAGAAGAAGAGCCAUCGAAGGAGUUAACUGAACAAGAAAAGGUAGAUUUAGAAGCACUAGGUGAUGUGGACAUCAUCGAACGGUCUAAGAUUGGCGUACAAACGCUCGAUGGAGCCACGCGAGCGUUAGUUUCAGCUUUGAGAGAAAAAUACAAGCUGAAAGAAGACGCCGCCGACGAACUUGCACUGCAACCGCAGCAGAAAUCAGAAUAUCACGAAGUCUUCUUCGGCAGCGCGUACGCCGUUCCCGUAGAAAGAGAUGAAAAAAUACAAGAAGGACGCCUUCAGUUGCCCAUUUUAGGCGAAGAGCACGAGAUUAUGAACGCGAUUAAUACAAAUCCAAUAAGUGUGAUUUGCGGACAAACCGGAUGCGGUAAAACGACACAGGUUCCGCAAUUCCUAUACGAAGCCGGGUAUGGAGAUCCAGGUUGUGUGGACCAUCCGGGAGCCGUAUGCGUGACACAACCGAGACGAGUAGCCGUGACGUCGACAGCGAAAAGAAUAGCCGAAGAAUUGAACGUGAAAUUAGGAGGUGAUGUCGGGUACCAAGUCCGUCACGAUAAACGCGUCGGCGAUACGCCUCGGAUUAAAUUCUGUACCGAUGGUAUUUUACUUCGAGAAAUUCAAGCAGAUUUGUUGUUGCGCAAGUAUUCAGUCGUCAUAGUCGACGAAGCGCACGAGAGAUCGGUAAACACGGAUAUUUUGCUGGGUUUACUGUCGAGAAUUGUGCCUUUACGGGCGGCUCUGACGAAAGAGAAGAAUAAUAAAAACGUCAUCACGCCUUUACGUCUUGUCGUCAUGUCUGCGACUCUGCGCGUCGAAGAGUUUGUGAAGAAUAAAAAAUUGUGUCCAAUACCACCGGUUGUUAUGAACGUUGCGGCGAGACAGUUUCCCGUGACGAUACAUUUCUCGCGAAGAACGGAAAUGGUAGAUUACGUCUCCGAAGCGUUGCGUAAAACGCUCGCGAUUCACCGCAAACUACCUCCGGGAGAUGUUCUCGUGUUUUUGACCGGUCAGAAAGAAGUCGAAGACUUUUGCAAACGGUUAAGAGGGAAUUAUCCCUUGAAGAAAAAAGUAAAGAAGAAGAAGAAACAGACGGCACAUAGGAUAACGUCGGAGCAAGGAGACGAGGACAACGACAAUCAGGAUGAUGAUGAUGGUGAAGAGGAAGAGGAAGAGGAAGAGGAAGAAGAAGAAGAAGAAGAAGAGGAGGAAGAAGAGGACGAUGCGAUAGGUGAUGCGUAUGAUGUAGAUGCCGCCGAUGCUGCUGGAGAAGUUUUGAAUGAUUUCAACGAAGACACGUUCAAAGAUGACUUUGACGACGACGACGAUGACCGCUCAGAUAUUUCCGAGGAAGAUGAAGUUGUCGUAAUGGGCGACGCGCUGACCGAAGAAGAGACAAAAAUAGCCGAGGCAGAUUGGGCACGAAAAUACGCACCGACUGCCAACUUCAAAGUCAUCACUGAUGAUAAUACCGAUGGCAAAAAGAAAGAAGAAGGAGGUACUGAUGAGAGUAACAAUCGUGAAAAUGACGAUGAUGGUCCUGGGCCGUUGAACGUUUUACCUUUGUAUGCCAUGCUUCCGCCUCAAGCGCAAGCGCGCGUGUUUGCGAAAACACCAAAAGGGUAUAAAAGAAACGUCAUAGUAUCCACAAACGUAGCCGAAACAUCGCUUACAAUCCCUGGAGUUCGAUAUGUCGUCGAUGCUGGACGUCAAAAGGAGAGAAAGUACGAAAAAACUUCUGGCAUGUCUCGAUUCGAAGUUGGAUGGAUUUCAAAAGCAUCGGCUGAACAGCGCGCUGGUCGUGCUGGAAGAACUGCGCCUGGACACUGCUAUCGCCUGUUUUCGUCUUCGCACUACGUAAACGAUUUGAACGAGUUUGCUGCCCCGGCAAUAACGACUGCACCGGUCGAUGGAGUCGUUUUGAGCAUGCGCUAUUUAGGCAUCGACAAAGUGUUGAAUUUCCCAUUCAUCACGCCGCCGGAUUUCGAGCAAGUUCGACUGGCUACGCGUACUCUGGAAAUUCUAGGAGCAACUAACCAAAUAGGCGAGCUUUCGGAUAUUGGUCGAAGAAUGGCACAAAUUCCAGUCAGUCCGAGACAAGCAAGAAUGCUAAUAGCCGCUUCUGUAUCGGGCGUAAAAAACUGUUUGAUUUACGCGAUAGCGGUGUGCGCCGGUCUCGGUAUGGAUUCACCGUUUUUAAAACACGUCGAAGCAAACGAUAGCGAAGAUAGAAACGAUAGAAACGACGACGACGACGAAGAAAAGGAGAUGAAAGAAGGGAAAAAAUCGAACGCGCCGCCGCCGCACGUCAAGUUUCAUCACGUGAACUCAGACGCCUUGACAGUUGCGCAGUGCUUGUUGGCGUACAACCAGUUUGUAGAGGCAAAUGGUCCAUCGAAAGCGCACGUGUUUUGCCAAGAAAAUCGUUUGCAUGAACGCACUAUGCGUGAAAUGUCAGAUUUACGCAAACAGUUGUUCCGGGUAUUAUCUCGAAUAGGUUUGAUUGAAGAGGAUGAAGUCGCUGAGAAAGUCAGUGUUAGCAAGAUUGUUAUUAAACCGAAUUCGGAUUUAGAUAAAGCGCUACGAAAGGCUUUGUGUUGCGGAUGGAUCGAUCAAGUCGCUCGACGUUCGAAACAGAAAGAGCUCGAACAGUAUGCUCGAGAUGCAGAAAUCAGAGGCGAAAAUCUGGACUCGAUGUCGCGAAGCACGAAAGCGUUGCGAUACAAGCCGGCGUUUGAUUCUUCGAGCAACGGUGGUCUCGAUGACAACAGACCAGUUUUCUUGCACCCAUCCUCCGCGUUGCACAAAACUGCGUCUGAGUUCAUUGUCUACAACGACUUAAUCCAAACGCAGAAGCGACCGUAUGUGGUUGGUGCGACGACAGUUGAACCGAGUUGGUUGUUGCAAAGUGAGUGUUUAUUAGAAGGCAUGGAUAGAGUAUUAGACGACCCGAUACCGAGAUACGCGCCAAAUCGCGAUCAAGUCGUGUGUUGGGUAGCACCUCGGUUUGGACCGCACCUUUGGGAGUUACCUCUGAAAGCGAUGAACGUGACUGAACUCGAGAAAGCAGUCGGUCCGUUUGCGACGGCGUUGCUUCUCGGAAAUGUCUUCCAGUGUUUCGCGGAGAUCAAAGACAAGUACGCGGCUAAGCCAAUUCUGUGUUCGCGAAUUGAAGGUAGAAGUCAACCGAGAGUUCAAAACUUACUGUACGAGUUGAAGAAAAAAGGCGUGUGCACAAAGGAAAAGUUGGCGCGAGAGUUGGCGCGAAACCGCGACUAUUUGCGCAAAGAAAUCAGCGCUUGGUUGAAAGCCGGUAAACAGCACACUCUAGAUAACAUUUGGGGGAGAUGGAAAUAG